GGUGGGGCCAGCGGCAUUCCAGAGAUGCUGGGGGGCGGUUAGGGGCCAGCAGUGGAGACCUUUCUGCUUCUCUGGAAAAAUCACAAGCAGAUGUGAGUGCCUCAGGGAGUGUAGCUGGCUCCGGACCAGCAGCCCACGGUGCCCAGCCCAGAGGGUGGACUUCCGACUUCCUGACUCUUCUCCCACCCUGCAGGGAGGCCGGGCAAAUGAGGGGAGCCGGCUUCCAGGGCAGGCGGUGACCUCAAGGGCCGGUGCAGGGUGUCCUGAGAAGCUGAGCAUUUCAGGGCACCCUGGUGGGCUUGGCCCCAGCCCCAUUCCCAGCCCUAGAACAGGAGCCCACCCAUCAGUGACAGGGAACUCAUGCCCGAGGCAGCUGGUUCCAUUGCGGUGCUGCCCCCUGAGAAGCCCCCUCAUCACCUCUGGCUUCAUGGCACCCUGAUGCAGGCUCAGGUGCUCUGGGUUCACAUGGGCUGGGCCUGGCACUCAGGUAAAGGGGCCCUGGGUCCUUACUCUUGGAGGCUGGGGCGCGGGGACAGGCACCAGAGCGGUGGGGUGUGGCUGAAUGGUGCUGGGCUCCAGGAGACGUGAGUGGGCAGUGGGCCGGGGAGCACAGCAGGGAGGAAUGCAGAUGCCUGCUCUGGACAGAUCAGGACUGGGGCCCUAGAGGCAGAGCCCUUCCCCUGCUUGGGGUAAGGCCUGGAAGCCAGUGCUGAGGGAGCUUGGUCUCCUCUCCUGCAUGCCCACUGGCCAGAUCUCUGUGGAUGCCGGACUCUGGCUGCUGGGACCCUGCAAUGUUGUCACCUCUGCGUCCCCUCCUUCUGCUGGCCUUGGACCUGGGGCUGACCAGAACUCUCAACUCCAACGAUCCCAAUGUCUGCAGCUUCUGGGAGAGCUUUACCACAACCACCAAGGAGUCACACUCCCGGCCCUUCAGCCUGCCCUCCUCGGAGUCCUGCAACAAGCCCUGGGCCAGCCUCCACCCCUGCCCCCAGCCCACGGUUGUCUACCGGACCGUGUACCGCCAAGUGGUGAAGACAGACCAUCGCUUGCGCCUGCGCUGCUGCCAGGGCUUCUACGAGAGUAGCGGGACGUGUGUCCCGGUCUGCGCCCAGGAGUGUGUCCAUGGCCGCUGUGUGGCGCCCAAUCAGUGCCAGUGUGUGCCGGGAUGGCGGGGCGAUGACUGCUCCAGUGCAUGUGCCCCUGAAAUGUGGGGGCUGCACUGUGACCAGCCCUGCCACUGCGGCAACAGCAGCUCCUGUGAUCCUGUGAGUGGGGCAUGUUCCUGCCCCUCUGGCCUGCAGCCUCCCGACUGCCUUCAGCCCUGCACCCCUGGCCGAUACGGCCCUGCCUGCCAGUUCCAGUGCCAGUGCCACGGGGCACCCUGUGAUCCCCAGACUGGAGCUUGCCUCUGUCCCCCAGGGAGAACGGGGCCCAGCUGCGAUGUGUCCUGUCCCUGGGGCACUGCUGGCUUCUCGUGCCCUCCCACCUACCCUUGCCAGAAUGGGGGUGUCUUCCAGGCCCGCCGGGGCUCCUGCAGCUGUCCCCCCGGCUGGACGGGCGCUGUUUGCUCCUUGCCCUGCCCAGAGGGCCUCCACGGACCCAACUGCUCCCAGGAAUGUCGCUGCCACAACGGUGGCCUCUGCGAUCGAUUCUCUGGGCAGUGCCGCUGUGCCCCAGGCUACACGGGUGACCGGUGCCGCGAGGAGUGCCCGGUGGGCAGCUUCGGGCAGGACUGUAACGGGACGUGCGAUUGUGUCCCCGGUGCGCGCUGUUUCCCAGCAAACGGCGCGUGUCUGUGCGAGCACGGCUUUACCGGGCACCGCUGCGCCGAGCGCCUCUGCCCCGAAGGCCGCUACGGUCUCAGCUGCCAGGCGGCGCAGGCCGCAAUGCACCUAACUGGAGGGCAGCUGCUCACCUGCAGGCCCCUUCCAGGUUGGCGGCGUGGUAACUGCUCUGUGCCCUGCCCAACCGGAACCUGGGGCUUCGGUUGCAAUGCCAGUUGCCAGUGUGCCAAUGAAGGCGUCUGCAGCCCCCAAACUGGAGCCUGCACCUGCACCCCUGGGUGGCGUGGGGCCCACUGCCAGCUACCCUGCCUGAAGGGGCAGUUUGGCAAAGGUUGUGCUACCCACUGUGACUGUGACCACGCUGAUGGCUGCGACCCUGUUCGUGGACACUGCCAGUGCCAGGCCGGCUGGACAGGCACCCGCUGCCACCUGCCCUGUCCUGAGGGCUUCUGGGGAGCCAACUGCAGCAACGCCUGCACCUGCAAGAACGGGGGCACCUGUCUCCCCGAGAAUGGCAACUGUGUGUGUGCACCUGGCUUCCGAGGCCCCUCCUGCCAGAGACCUUGCCAGCCCGGCCGCUAUGGCAAACGCUGCAUGCCCUGCAAGUGCAAUAACCACUCUUCCUGCCACCCUGUGGACGGGACCUGCUACUGCCUGGCUGGCUGGACAGGCCCAGACUGCUCCCAGCCAUGCCCCUCAGGCCAGUGGGGGACUAACUGUGCCCAGUCCUGCCAGUGUCACCAUGGUGGGACCUGCCAUCCCCAGGACGGGAGCUGCGCCUGUACCCCAGGUUGGACUGGACAGCAUUGCUUGGAAGGCUGCCCUCUGGGGAUGUUUGGUGCCAACUGCUCCCUGCCAUGCCAGUGUGGCCCUGGCGAGAAGUGCCACCCAGAGAGCGGGGCCUGUGUGUGUCCCCCUGGGUUCAGUGGUGCACCCUGCAGGAUUGGAAGCCAGGAGCCCUUUACCAUGAUGCCUACCUCUCCAGUGGCCUAUAACUCCCUGGGUGCGGUGAUUGGCAUUGCAGUGCUGGGGUCCCUUGUUGUGGCCCUCCUAGCACUCUUCAUUGGCUACCGCCACUGGCAAAAGGGCAAGGAGCACCAGCACUUGGCAGUGGCUUACAGCAGCGGGCGGCUGGACGGCUCUGAGUAUGUCAUGCCAGAUGUCCCUCCCAGCUACAGUCACUACUACUCCAACCCCAGCUACCACACCCUGUCACAGUGCUCCCCCAACCCCCCGCCCCCAAACAAGGUUCCCGGAGGUGCGCUCUUCGCCAGCCUCCAGGCACCCGAGAGGCCAGGUGGAGCACACAGGCAGGACAGCCAUGCCACCUUGCCUGCUGACUGGAAGCACCGCCGGGAGAGCCCCCCAGGUGGCAGCCAACUGGACCGAAGCUACAGCUAUAGCUACAGGCGUGGGAACGGCCCGGGCCCGAUCUCCAAUAAAGGGGAUGUCUCUGAAGAGGGGCUGGGGGCCAGCUUGGCUUCCCUGAGCAGUGAGAACCCAUACGCCACUAUCCGAGACCUGCCCAUCCUGCCCGGGUGCCCCCGGGAGAGCAGCUACGUGGAGAUGAAAGGCCCCCCCUCAGGAUCUCCCCCAAAACAGCGGCCAUGGCAGCCCCAGCCCCAGCGGGACAGUGGCACCUACGAGCAGCCCAGCCCCCUGGCCCAUGAUCGAGACUCCGUGUCCUCCCAGCCCCCUCUUCCUCCAGGCCUGCCUCCUGGCCACUACGACUCACCCAAGAACAGCCACAUCCCCGGACACUAUGAUUUGCCUCCAGUACGGCAUCCCCCAUCGCCUCCUCUUCGGCACCAGGACCGCUGAAGAGCCGAGAUGGCAUGGCAGAGGCCAGCACGCCUGGCCCUUGCUGCCCAAGCCGGGGACAGAGCUUUGUGUACACUGCCAGGCAUGGGGAGAGGAUGGCAGGCUGCGACAUGAACACAUUUACUGCAGGCACUGAGGGAGAGCUAGGAGCCUCACUCCAGGCUCCACCAGGGGAGGCAGUGCUUGGCAGGAUGCCUGAGUUCCCUUUCUGGGACUCAGACCCACUGCUCCUCAAGGCCCCCAGGGCCCCGUGUAGAUAGACUGGUGGGUGAGUGCUGCUUGAUGACUCUGAUAUGAGAUUGAUUUUUAAAAUAUGUAAUGGGUAUCUUUUCUGUACACACCCUGCAGGGCACUCGUGUGUGUGUGUGUGUGUGUGUGUGUGUGUGGGUGUGUGUGGGUGUGUGUGUGCAGUGCAGGUCCUGGCCUCGGGCACUCACUGUUUAGCCAGGGAGCAGCUGACCCCAUUAGCUGUGGCACUGGCCCCUCCCUGGUCUCCUGCAUUCAUGCCACUCCACACAAGGCUCAGACACCCUGGUUUGGCUUGCGAAAGGCUUCCAGUCUCCUGGGUGCCUCCAGGCCAGAGCCAGAAGCUCCAAAGGCCUCUGAAGCCCUGGGGCCCCGCCUCUUGGUCUGUCCAGCUCUAUCUUGAACUGUGUCCCUAGUACUCUGUUUUGGUCACACUGGUGCCCGGGUCCUGCUGUCUACCACACUUCCUCCUCCCAGGGCCUUGCAAGCCACAGUGUCCCUCCUGCAUGCCUGACAUCCCUAUCCAAGGCCAGCAGGGGCCAAGCACCACACUGGUUUCUUAUUCCCUCAUGUGGUCACUGUGUUGUUUCAGCCUCUCCACUAGACUGGAUGCUUCCUGAAGGCAGGACUCCUGUUUAUGUUCGGUAUUGUUUACCUUGGGCACUCAAUAAAUGUUCCCCA